ACCACUGCACGACACCCAUCAGUACCUCCUGCUCUCUCUAUAUUAACAUUCAGCGCGUCUGUUCAUUGUUAUUAGAAACCGAUUGGGAUUAAAUCAUCCACUUGAGUAAAUCUAUUGAUGUGCCUAUGGUAUCUUGAUACAGUUACCCAUUUGGCCACUACAGUUUCCAGCCCAUCAACUUUCCAGAAGAGAAAGAGAGACUAUGGAUAAAACCAUUACUGAGGACCCUAUCAGUGACAUUGUUUCCCAACUCUCUCAUGCUGACACUUGUAUGCCCAGGAAUGAGUCCUCCCUCAGUUCACAGGCUGAAUUCACAGAAAUCUGCAGAGGCAGGAUCUGCAACACGAACUACAGACACACUCCGUCUAACUACAGCCAUUACCAGCCCCCGCUAGGUCUACCGUCUGGCUACAGUCCCCAGACGCCCUUUCCCAGUCAGACUGAAGGAUGUCUGAGCACCCUGGAGCCGCACAACAGGGACUCGCGCUGCUCGAGUUCAACUGGUAGCUCAGUAGAUUACCCAAGUGGCAACCUGCCCUCUUGUUUGGUGUCUGGGAGUUAUUGUAGUUAUCCUGGUGAAUCAUGCUACUCUGGCUGUGAUUCCAACUCUCCAGACAGGCAUAGUUUGGGAGAGGAAAGCCUAGAACAGCCCCGUUCACUCCACUCUUUCCCAACUGCAUUCACACCUAACAGUUACUACAUGCCCUCGCACCCCUUCCCAUCCCGAGGGUCGCCCUGCUGUGGUCACUACCCUCUGGAUGUGUAUCAAGUUGAUCAGGGCUCUCAUCCCAGACCACAUUAUCAUGUGCCCUUUUGGCCUUUAGGCCCUGAAAACAGCAGACAAUCAGCCUCAGAGUUCACUCAUAGUGCUCUUAUCUCUCACAGCGGCCAUACUUCACCUCACCCUCGAGCUAAACUAACCCCAAGCACAGCCCCUCUGUCCCUGGAGCAAAGGAAGGUGUUUGUCACUUAUGAAGCAGAUAGUGAAAAACAUGUCAAUGAGAUCAUCAACUUUGUUGCGCUACUAAGACACAACGGCUUUUACACUCAUAUUGACAUGCUUGAGCAGCAGUUCAAGAGCAUAAGCAAGAUUGACUUCAUGGAGAGAUACAUCAGUGAGAAAGACUAUCUGAUCAUCAUAGUCAUUAGUCCAAAGUACCACGAGAUCGUUACCAAUGCCUCAUUUUGCACGGAAAAUGAUGAAACCCUCAACACAGUCUAUAUACAUAAGCAGUUACAAAAUGAAUUUAUUCAGAAUGGGGCUAGGAAUUACAGAUUUAUCCCUGUUUUGUUUCCUGGUGCCAAGAAGUGUCACGUCCCUUCAUGGCUUCAGAGCACACAAAUCUUCACCUGGCCCAGGGACCGAGAUGACGUCCUUCGUCGACUCAUGCGUGUUGAGAAGUACAACCUUCCUCCCAUUGGAGAGCUGCCCACAAUUGUCUCCAUCCCCAUUUAGAAAACAUACAUCCAAUGAAAAGUUACAAGUGCCUUGUAAUGCGGUUUGCUAUGUUUACCCAUGAUAUGUGACCCUUGAACAGGCAUGUGAUGCAUUUUAAUAUAGCAUGAAUACAUAUUAUAAUCUUCUUUCGGCUGCUCCCAUUAGUGGUCGCCACAACGGACCAUUUGUGGUCCACAUAUUUGAAUUGGCACAGGUUUUAUGCCAGAUGCCCUUCCUGACACAACCCCCAGUGGCGGACAUGGGGAGAACAUGCAAACUCCACACAAAAGACCCAGUUAAGCCGGGACUUGAACCCGGGAUGAUCUUGCUGUUAACCACCGAAAUUUGCCCCUUUCGAUUAUUGAAUGAGUGUAAAAUGUGUUAACUAGGGCUGUCAAUCAAUUAAAAUUUGCAUCGAAUUAAUUACAUGGUGUUCCGAUUAAAUAAUCGCUUAUACGAAUAUUUGCUGAGAAAGCCCUUCAUAUAACAAUAAUUCAAAUGCAUUACAUUUUUGUGGCAGAAGAGUUGAUCAUUGAUAAGACAAUACAAAAAGCGGCUUUAGAAUACAAUGCAUUGUUUAUUACCAUAUUAUUGAUCAUAAGUCAAUCAUUGGCACACACAAUUAUUUCUCAAGUGAAUUUGACAAUCAGUUGGAGAUUUAUUAUGAGGGUUUGUUUAAGGACCCGUUAAUGUGCACCUGUGUCAGACAUGCUUGUGUAGUGUGUCUCUAGUUCGUUGCAUGAUAAACAUAACGCUCCUUCAAGUUUUUUGAACGCAAGAUCGUAAUGCAUGUUUGUGUUAUUCUGCCUACUGAAGUGUUGUUUUCUUCAUUGUAUAAGCUGUGCGUUGCUCAUACAGCUGAAAUGUUUAUUACUGCCCUCUGGAGUAAACUGGUGGUACUACAAGCUUGCAUUUCUCAGGAAUCUUCCUUAUUGCAGUCCGGAGGCAUUGCGAUUUAAUUGCGUUAAUAUUUUAACACGUUAUUUUUGGUCAAAAGAAUCGCACUGAAUUAAUGUGCCACGAUACGUGUAAGGAACCAUGUAAUAUAAUUUUGCAAAAAAGUCGCCAAAGUCACACAAAUUUCAUAAUGUUAAGAAUUGAAAAAUCCAUAUGGGAAAAAGAAGUUAAUGGUGACUGAGGCUGAAAAAUCUGCCUAACUGCUCUUUACAAGUCUUUUAGGUUUGGAACACAGGAGAAUGAGUAAAUGAUGGAAGAAUUUUUGGUAACACUUUAUUUAUUACAAGCAACUAACCCUAAAACAAACCCUAACCAUAAACCUAUAGUAAUUACAUGUUGUUAAUUAAUAUUACUCAGUAAUUAAUUGUGUAAUAACGUUAUUUUUGGUCAAAUGAAUCGCACUGAAUUAAUGUGUUAAAUCGACAGCCCUAGUUAAAACCCUUAAUGCUAUUGAAUUUGAUGUUAAAUAAAUCUGAACUCUCAGGAUUCAUGAAUGAAUUUGGAUGAGUCCUGUCAU